AUUUUCCCCCAAAAUCAUACAAACUCCAUUAAUUCAAAUUUCUCCAUACUGCCAAUUUCAAAUCCCUCUCCAUUCCUUUCUCUCUCUCUCUAAAAUUCGCCGUUUUACCCCCUUUCUCUCUCCUCCCCAGCUCAAAUUCCAACGAUCCAAUUGGAUGUUCUUCGUCUCCGUUUCACUUUCGCCUUCGCCGUAACCAUUUCGUCAUCGGAAAAUUCCAUUUUUAAUUUCUAGGUUUUAAUUUCAAUCGCCAAUUUUACAUGGAGAACAACAAUGGCGACGGAGGAAAGAAUGGAUCGUCGCCGAACGACAAAGAAUGCGUUCGUGUCGCCGUUAAUGUUCGUCCGUUAAUCACUCCCGAGCUUCUUCUUGGUUGUACCGAUUGCAUUUCCGUCUCUCCUGGUGAACCUCAGGUGCAAAUUGGUUCACAUUCUUUCACGUUUGAUUACGUGUUUGGAAAUGGGGGAACGCCGUGUUCUAGGAUUUUUGACGAAUCGGUUGCCCCUUUGGUAGAUGCUUUAUGCAAGGGCUAUAAUGGAACAGUCCUUGCUUAUGGGCAGACGGGAUCAGGGAAAACUUACACCAUGGGAACGAACUAUAAUGGGGAAGACAAUGCUACUGGAAUUAUCCCUCAAGUUAUGCAGACAAUUUACUCUCGAGUUGAAUCGAUGAAGGGUUCAACCGAGUUUCUAAUUCGAGUGUCAUUUAUAGAGAUUUUCAAAGAGGAAGUGUUUGAUCUUCUUGAAGCAAGCCCACCUGCAAUAUCUAAAGGCGACACAGCUAAGCCAUGUGGGCCUGCUAGAGUUCCCAUACAAAUUAGAGAAACUGUUAAUGGUGGCAUUACAUUAGCUGGUGUCACAGAGGCUGAGGUGAGGUCAAAAGAGGAGAUGGCAUCAUACUUGAAGCGUGGGUCCAUUGCUCGUGCUACUGGAAGCACUAAUAUGAAUAGCCAGUCAAGUCGAUCCCAUGCAAUCUUUACAAUUUCCAUGGAGCAAAAGAAGACCGCCAAAUGUGCAGAAGGGUCAAAUGGCUACAGCACUGAUGACAUUCUGAGCGCGAAGCUUCAUUUGGUGGACCUUGCUGGUUCUGAACGAGCCAAACGGACAGGUGCAGAUGGAAUGCGUCUAAAAGAAGGCAUUCAUAUCAAUAAGGGAUUACUGUCCCUUGGGAAUGUGAUUAGUGCACUUGGAGAUGAAAAGAAAAGGAAAGAAGGAGGGCAUGUUCCAUACCGAGAUAGCAAGCUCACCCGCCUACUACAGGAUUCGCUGGGAGGAAAUAGCAAAACCGUAAUGAUUGCUUGUGUUAGCCCUGCUGAUACUAAUGCAGAGGAGACUCUCAACACUCUGAAGUAUGCAAAUCGUGCUCGUAAUAUUCAAAAUAAGGCAGUGAUAAACCGUGAUCCCAUUGCAGCUCAAAUGCAAACAAUGCGCAGUCAAAUCGAGCAGCUUCAGACAGAGCUGCUUUUUUAUCGUGGUGACUCGGGUGUAUCUUUUGACGAGCUUCAGAUUUUGAAGCAUAAAAUAUCAUUACUUGAACAAAGCAAUGCUGAACUGCAACGUGAACUUCAAGAACGCCACAUUAGUUGUGAGCAUUUUGCUCAACGUGCUCUUGAUGCUCAGGUCGAAAAAGAUCAACUUAUCCUGAAACUUGAAGCAGCAAGGAGUGGAAAACCGUGGGAUGAGAUUGAAUCUCUGGGGAGUCAGGAAAUUGAUAUGGUCAAGAGUUAUGUGUCAAAAAUUCAAGAACUCGAGAGGGAGUUGGUGCGACUACAACAUUUGAAUAGCAUGAAACGACAGCGUUUUCCUGAUUCCUUAGACACAGAAGAUGAAGUACUCCCUUUAGCCAAUCUCAGUGAUCUCUCAUCUAUUUCAGAAGCAAAGGAUAUGCAAGGUGAUGAGAUUGAGGAGAAGGAGCAAGAGCAUUCCUCUCUACAAGAAAGACUAGACAUGGAACUAAAAGAAUUAGACAAGAAGCUUCAGCAAAAGGAGGCUGAGAUGAAGCGGUUUUCUGGUGCUGAUUCUUCUGUUCUGAAACAACAUUAUGAAAAGAAAGUUCACGAAUUGGAAUAUGAAAAGAAGACAUUGCAGAAAGAAAUUGAGGAGUUGAGGCAUAAACUUGGUGGUAUUUCAUCCACCUCUGAUGAUGGUGCUCAAAGACUCAAGGAAGAGUACCUUCAGAAGCUAAACGUUCUAGAAGCUCAGGUUUCUGAGUUGAAAAAGAAGCAAGAAGCUCAAGCCCAGAUUUUAAGACAGAAACAGAAAAGUGAUGAUGCAGCUAGGAGGUUGCAGGAUGAGAUACAUCGAAUAAAAACUCAGAAGGUUCAAUUGCAAAACAAGAUUAAGCAAGAGUCAGAACAAUUUAGGGCAUGGAAGGCAAUGCGGGAAAAAGAAGUGCUUCAGCUUAAGAAAGAGGGAAGGAGGAAUGAGUAUGAGAUGCACAAACUAUUGGCAUUGAAUCAGAGGCAAAAGAUGGUUCUGCAACGUAAGACAGAAGAAGCAUCUAUGGCGACAAAAAGACUGAAAGAGCUCCUUGAGUCUCGAAAGGCUGCUUCUCGAGACACCUCUGCCAAUGGUCCGGGAGCGCAGGCUUUAAUACAAGGAAUUGAACAUGAGUUAGAAGUCACUGUUCGGGUACAUGAAGUCCGCUCUCAAUAUGAGCGCCAAAUGGAGGAGAGAACCAAGAUGGCACAAGAGAUUGCAAAGCUGAAAGAAGAAGCAGACCGUCUAAAGCAGAAUAUUUUGAGUGAAUGCCCCGAAACCAUGUCCCCUGGUGCAAGAAACUCAAGGAUCUAUGCACUUGAAAAUAUGCUUGCAACUUCUUCUAGCACCUUAGUCUCAAUGGCUUCACAACUAUCUGAGGCGGAAGAACGUGAGCGUGUAUUUAAUGGUAGAGGACGUUGGAACCAAGUUCGUUCUCUCGCUGAAGCCAAAAGUUUGAUGAAUUAUCUAUUCAAUUUGGCUUCAUCCUCCAGAUGCAUGGUACGUGAUAGGGAACUUGAUUGUAGAGAAAAGGACUCUGAGAUAAAGGACUUGAAAGAGAAGGUAGUCAAGCUCAAUGGUUUUGUGAGACAAUUGGAAAAGCAAAAUGCAGAAGUCAAGCAGCAAAUGCAACAGGCACUUGCAACUCGUGGUGAAGUGCGAACGUAUGACUUACGACAGGGUCCUAGAAGUUCAGCAUUUUUCAAGUUUCCUGGUAGCAGCGUGGAGCUAUUAGAGGACAUGGAUACAGAUGAAUCAGAACAUUCUUGCUCUGACGAGGAGUCUGCUGAUGAUGAUUGGGUGCAUCCCAUGUUAAUGCUAAGGAAGAGAAACUCUGGGAAUGAGAAAGGAGGUCGAUCAGGGUCUGAUUCUCGCUCAUUGGUGGAAAAUGAUGGUGUUGAUAGUUUGAAAAAAGAACAAGAUCCAGUUGUUGAUACUACUGUCAGUAACAGCUCUUUAAAAGAGAAUCAGACAACUACUACUACUGUUUGCUGUUCAUGUAGUAGACAGUCAUUUUGCAAGACCAUGAAAUGCGAAUGCCGUGCAUCUGGUGGGAACUGCUCAGCUUCAUGUGGCUGUUCCUCUAAGAAAUGCAGUAACAGGGAAGGUGGGGUGUCUGAUGAAGCGGCGGAGCACAGUUGUGAUCUUGCCUCUCAAGGUGCAACAUUACUUCAGAGUGCAUUAGCUGAAAGAAGGCCUGCUGAGCAACAUGAAGAAGGAAAUGAUGCUGCCAAAAGGAAGCCUUUGGCUGAUAUUGGAAAUACAGCAGGAAAAUCAAAUGCACCAAGACCAAUCCAGAGGAAAAAAUGGCGUAAAUCCACCAUUCAGCUUGUUCCAGUAACCCCAGCUCCAGUACAAGGUGAGAAUACUGAACUACCACCAGUAAAGGUAGAAACUGCAGUUGAAAAUGUAGCAGCAGUAAAUAAAAACACAGACAGCAGUGAAAACAUAACAGUAGGUAAAAAGACAGGGAACAGCAGCAGCAGUACAGCUGAAACAAACAUCCCAUUGAAGUUACCAAGGGCCAUGCGAUCUGUUGCUUCCUCGAACAGCAACAGCAACAGCAACCUUUUGAGAGUCAGAAACUCUGAACAUGGUGAAGAACCUGUUGUCGUACAACACAAGGAAUCUGGUGAACCUGCUCGUAGAAGUCCUCUACGCAGACCGAAGAAAUCAGAGGAAAAAGAAAAUUUCGGGGUUUGAUUAAUGUUAAGUGCUGAUUUUCCUAACUUAAAAUGUAGGUAAAUUGUAGAGAGAAUUUGUUAUUUUGAUGCUAUGUUUGUCAAGCUUUUGCUAAUGGGGUAAAGUUUGGAAGAAGAAAAGGGAUCGAUCGAUCCUUGUAUGAUUGGUAUUCUUUUGGGCACCUGUUGUUGCAUAAGGGUUAUGUUAAGCUGUAGUCUGUAGAGUAAUUUGUUAUUUUGAUUUCCAUCGCGCAAGUCAGUGUGACACAUACAGUUAUAUUUUGAUUUAUCUCAUUGUUGUAUGUAAGAGAUUUAUUCAAAAGGAAAGAGGUUUGCUUGUUCUACAAUUUCAACACAGAAAA